AAAAUUGGGGCAAUUGGGAGCCGCCAAUGAAGAGUUAUUCCAUUACUCAAACUUGAAAACUUCUCAUCUGUGCAAUCUCUAGAUCUUUGGUUUGAUUACAUAGUCACCAAUUUGUUCCAAACAAGACCAUAAUAAACAAAGCUUGUCCCUUUUGGACUACUUUCUUCCCACUCUUCUCUAUAUUAAAUUUCAAAAUGUCAUACAAGUCAACUAAAGAAACAAUGACAGCACUGCCAAAUCCCGCGUUGCUUCGUCUUCCCAUUGCAAAGUUCAAGACCCAACACACACUUCUUCUCCUUCCUCCAUCCAAUUUUGACCUGUUCCAAUAUAUAAGUACUGUUUUUGAACAAACCCCAUCUGAAAAUUUCCCCCAAGUUCAUCAUGGAUUCCUUCCAAUUCCAUUUUUUCAUUGCUUCUCUUUUUUGCUUCUUCUCUUUCAUUGUUUCUCAGCAACCCUACACCGGAUCCACCACCGCCGAUUGUUCCGUCACCCACAAUUCAACCGGCAAUUUGGGUUACUUUUGCAACACCCCCAAUCGGAAUUGCCAAUCAUUCCUCACCUUCAGAUCUCGGUCUCCAUUUAACUCUGUUUCCUCCAUUGCUACUCUCUUAGGUUCCGACCCCUCCGAGCUCUCUCGGGUCAACUCCGUCAACGCCUCUGCCACUUUCCCGCCGGAGAAAUUGGUGCUUGUUCCAACCACUUGUUCCUGUUCGGGUCUGUUUCUUCAAUCAAAUGUUUCUUUUACAACACGAACUGGUGAUUCUUACUUUGCCAUUGCAAAUGAAACUCUACAAGGUCUCUCCACUUGUCAAUCUCUUAUAUCUCAGAACCCCAAUAUUGGUGUCACGAGUAUAAAGGGUGGGGAAAGAAUUCUUGUUCCUCUUAGAUGCGCUUGUCCCACCAAGAAUCAGACUGACAUGGGCUUCAAUUACCUUUUGAGUUACUUGGUUGUAUUCGGUGAUACUGUUUCUGAUAUCGCUCAAAUAUUUGAAUCAUUUGGUGCGGAUAUCGGGAUUAUUCUCGAUGCCAACGAACUUCAAGGAAAUUCCUUCGUCAACCCUUUUACCACUCUUUUAGUUCCCCUAAAAACUGAGCCGUCGAGCACUGGAAUGAAGGAGCCUAAGCCAUCGCCGCCGCCGCCGCCGCCGUCUCUGCCCACUUCUCCCUCUCCGGCCUCUAAAAGAACAUGGGUUUAUAUCCUUGUCGCCGUUGUCGGAGGGGUUGUUUUAGCAGCUGUAAUUGGGGCUGUAGUUUUCUUUGCGUGUGUGAGGAAAAGGAAGAAGAAAACUGAGCAUACAACUACAGAAAUUGAUAGCUUUGAAUCAACUGAGAAGCCAUCAGUGAAAAAGUUGGAUGGAGAUUCUUCUUCUAUCACCUUGGAGAGUAUAUCUAGCGUUGUUCAAUCUGUUAAAGCUUACACGUUUAAAGAGCUGCAGGAUGCAACUGAUAAUUUCAGUUCAACCCAUUUGAUUAAAGGGUCUGUUUAUCAUGGCACCAUCAAUGGGGACUCUGCAGCUAUUAAGAAGAUGAAUGGAGAUGUGUCGAAACAGAUCAAUUUACUGAACAAGACAAACCAUUCGAAUCUCAUUCGCCUUUCCGGGGUUUGUUUUGAGGAAGGGCAUUGGUAUCUUGUUUUUGAGUAUGCUGCCAAAGGUGUCUUGAGUGACUGGAUUGAUUCAAAUGGUAGCAACGAUGACAGAUUCUUAACUUGGACACAGAGAAUACAGAUUGCUGUGGAUGUCGCAACGGGACUAAAUUAUCUCCAUAGUUUUACAAAUCCGCCUCAUGUUCACAAGGAUUUGAAGAUGGAUAACAUACUUCUUGAUGGUGACUUCAGAGGCAAGAUCUCAAACUUCAGUCUGGCAAGAUCAGCGGGAUGGGAAGAAGGCGAGUUUACAUUGACAAUGCACAUUGUUGGAACAAGAGGUUACAUGGCUCCAGAGUAUCUCGAAAAUGGUUUGGUGUCUACAAAGCUUGAUGUCUAUUCAUUUGGGAUUUUGAUAAUCGAAAUGCUUACCGGGAAGGAGAUUUCGGAGUUGCACAGAAAGGAGAAUCUGCAGUUGACUGCCCUUCUUGAAAAGUUGCUUGAUGAAAAAGAUGGGAAGGAUUAUUUGACCCACCUGAUGGAUCCUUCAUUAGAAGGUAACUUUCCCAUUGAACUUGCUGUUCUCAUGAUGAAUAUCGCUAAUCUAUGCGUGAACAAGGAUCCGUCUCAACGCCCGUCCAUGGAUGACAUUGUUCAGUCCCUCUGUAGAAUUUUGAGCAGUUCUUUAUCUUGGGAAUUGCCAGACACUUCUGUGUGACACAGCCGAACUCAUAACAGAUCUGAUCAGAAAUUCUGUUUUUGUCGAAUUAGAGCCGUUCAUUUUAAGUAUAGGAUCUUAUACUUCCCACAUUGUAAAUCAUGUAUGAUUCUUCUACCUCAUUUUCGUAAUCCAAAGCUGUACUAUCGUUCGUAUCUAUAUACAACACAUCUCUUGCAUAUAUUGAAGCUCUUUCAAGGAAAGACAAA